GCCAUUUGUUUGGGCCAUUUCAAAAAUGUAAUGUUCACAAUUACCGAAUCACAGAUUUUAGACGAGAAAUAUGACACCUAAGAAGAAGACUCCUGCAACUACUUCUGAGUCAUCAUCAUCGUCCAACAGUUCGUCGUCUUCAUCCAGUUCUUCUUCCUCGUCAGGAAGCGAGUCCAGUUCCUCCGACUCUGAAAACUCCUCCUCACAAGCGAGUGUGGGCAAGAGUGGACGAGCAUCGAGUGAUUCAGACACUCGCAAAACUCAAAAGAAAAAUGCACCUGUAUCAAAAGCGCCAUCGCACAAAGGGAAAUCUUCUAAUAAUGGUGGGCCUCACGAAGCUGAUUCAGCUAAGCCAAAAGAAAAAUCAUCUGGUAAAGGAAGAUCGCAGAAAGAAAAAGCACAGGUGUACUCUUCAGAAUCGGACGACAUCCCCAUAGUGAAGCCCACCCAGAAGCGAAAGCCACCGGCAAAGCCCAAGGCAACGGCAACUGUCACACCGGUCACCAAGGCUGCAAAGCCAGCUGCUAAAGCAACAGUCACACAAAGACUCACAGCAACGAAAAACUCUACCGGGAGUAACAUUGCAAAGAAGCCCGGUGCGGAGAAAGAUGCCGUCAAAAACUCGACGACCGGCAAGGUAUCGGACAUGGCCAUGCAAAAGAAGGUGAAGACGAAGAGCAUCUUCAGCCCAGAAAACAGCAGCGAGAGUGACCACCCUCUGUCACCCCCAAAGCUCAGCCCAAUCAAAAAUACUGCUGUCAAGGUGCAGCCAAAACCAAAGCCGAAACUCACGAAGCAGGAGCCGAUAAUAGUCCCCCCCAGCAAGUCUGGCCCGAGUUCUACCACCUCUGCCACCGUCUCUUCGGAUUCAUCGGACAGCAGCUCCGACACCGAGUCCUCGGCAGACUCUGCGUCCAAGAAGGCGUCGGUGCUGAAGAAGACGGGGGCGCCGAGGGCUCGGGCCGAGGCGACGGUCCAGCCCAAGGGCUCGGAGAGCGAGGGAGAGGCCGCGGGCAAGAAGGCGGUGGCCACCAGGAAGUCGACGCGAUCGUCCAGCGCCCGGCGCAGCAAGCACCUCGUGGGGAAGACCAGCGACACGGAGUCGGACACAGCGGAAAGCAAGCCGGCAAAGAGGCCCGCCGGAGGAUCCAGGGCCCCCGUCAAGCGCAAGAGCAAGGGCCGAGGGAGCGGGGCCAACAGCUCGGCUCAGGCCCAGGCACAGGAGGAGAGGAAAUGCCCUGUGGAGGGCUGCAACUCCCAGGGACACCUUGGGGGACGUCUCGACAAGCACUUCACCGUGGAGGCGUGCCCUCUCUACCACAACCUGACCGUGCAGCAAUGCAAGGAAGCGUACCAGGAGCGCAGGAAGCACGAGGAGGAGCGCAAGAAGGCCACCAGCUCGCUGAACAAGCGCCCUCACUUCACCAGCGAGCAGCGCAAGUACCAGCUGCAGGUGAAGGAGUGGCGCGCCAAGCCGCGCAAGAGCAGCGAUGACGAAGACGACGACGACAAGGAGAAGCAGAGCGAGGAGAAGGAGCGGGAGCCCAAGCUGACCAACAUCGCAUCCGACUAUGAUCUGCGGCUGUUCCGUGAAGCCCUCGCAGCUUCCAGCGAGAAAAUUGAGGAAGACUUGAUGUGCCUGCCUCACGCCAAGUGCACACGCUUCGUGGAGAUGGGCCGGUACGAGAUGGAGGUGUGGUACCAGAGCCCCUACCCCGAGGAGUUCGCCCACGCGCCCAAGCUGUACCUGUGCGAGUUUUGCCUGCGCUACAUGAAGAGCCGCACCAUCCUGAAGCGCCACCUGGUGAAGUGUGUGUGGCGCCACCCGCCAGGCGAGGAGGUGUACAGGAAGGACAAGAUCUCGGUGUGGGAGGUGGAUGGAAAGCGGUACAAGCAGUACUGCCAGAACCUGUGCCUGCUGGCAAAGUUCUUCCUUGACCACAAGACACUCUACUACGACGUGGAGCCUUUCCUUUUCUAUGUCAUGACGUUGGAUGAUUCGCAGGGCUGCCACACUGUGGGAUAUUUUAGCAAGGGGCAUCGGCAUCUAUUAUUCCUACAGACGUUGUAAAUACAGAAAAGCUGAAGAGAACACCCAUUCCAUACAGACUCAAAACAGCAACCGGAGACACCUCACCUGUGCAUGGACAGCUGGAUAUGGAGUGAAGGAUUGGAACUUGGACAUUGUCACAGACGUUUCGUGUUGCUGAUAUACCGAUGAGGUAAUAUUAGGAGUAGACAUCAUGAAUCGAUGCAGAUUCGUUAUUGACAUGGAAGGACAGGUACUACGUAUUAAGAUGAAGAGAUGGCUUUGUUUACUCCUGACCAAUUAGAAUUUCCUGUAAUGUAAGUGGUAGUUUGCGAAACUGUUUCAAUUCCAGCAAAUCAUGAGCAGAUAAUAGCAGCUAGGAUUAUGGGAGACCCUAGGGACAACAUGAGCUACCUGAUAGAGCCAGAUAUGAAGUUAGGAUUGAAGACACUCCAGGUCGCGUGAAGCAUUGCAAGAUUCGGCGAGGUUGUACCAGUCAGGGCCAACCUCGACUCUCGAACAAGAGUCCUUAAACCAGGGGACCCAAUAGCUAGCUGCGAACCAGUCUAUUGGGUAGGCCAAUGUGAGUCUUCCUCGCCUGUUAGACAUGAUGUUCAAACACUAAACCCAAAUUUAGAGCAACUACUAAGGCACAACUACCCAGCCACUACCCAGUGAAAAAAAAUUGACCUAAAAAGUGCUCUUGUAGACGUGUAUGGACCUGCGAAACGCGAUGCGCGAGGCAUGACUCGCUCGGUGUAGACGUGUCUGGACCUGCGAAACGCGAUGCGCGAGGCAUGACUCACUCGGUGUAGACGUGUCUGGACCUGCGAAACGCGAUGCGCGAGGCAUGACUUCGGUGUAGACGUGUCUGGGCCUGCGAAACGCUAUGCGCGAGUCAUGACUCUUCGGUGUAGACGUGUCUGGACCUACGAAACGCUAUGCGCGAGUCAUGACUCUUCGGUGUAGACGUGUUUGGACCUGCGAAAUGCGAUGCGUGAGUCAUGACUCUUCGGUGUAGAUGUGUCUGGACUUGCGAAACGCGAUGUGCGAGGCAUGACUUCGGUGUAGACGUGUCUGGGCCUGCGAAACGCGAUGCGCCCAGCAUGACUCGCUCGGUGUAGACGUGACUGGACCAGCGAAACGCGAUGCGCGAGUCAUGUAUCUUCGGUGUAGAUGUGUCUGGACCUGCGAAACUCGAUGCGCGAGGCAUGACUCUUCUGUGUAGACGUGUCUGGACCUGCGAAACGCGAUGCGCCCAGCAUGACUCGCUCGGUGUAGACGUGACUGGACCAGCGAAACGCGAUGCGCGAGUCAUGUAUCUUCGGUGUAGAUGUGUCUGGACCUGCGAAACUCGAUACGCGAGGCAUGACUCUUCGGUGUAGACGUGUCUGGACCUGCGAAACGCGAUGCGCGAGGCAUGAUUCGCUGGGUGUAGAUGAGUCUGGACCUGCGAAACGCGAUGCGCUCAGCAUGACUCGCUCGGUGUAGACGUGUCUGGACCUGCGAAACGCGAUGCGCGAGGCAUGACUCUUCGGUGUAGACGUGACUGGGCCAGCGAAACGCGAUGCGCGAGUCAUGUAUCUUCGGUGUAGACGUGUCUGGACCUGCGAAACUCGAUGCGCGAGGCAUGACUCUUCGGUGUAGACGUGUCUGGACCUGCGAAACGCGAUGCGCGAGGCAUGACUCGCUCGGUGUAGACGUGUCUGGACCUGCGAAGCGCGAUUCGCGAGGCAUGACUCUUCGGUGUAGAUGUGUCUGGACCUGCGAAACACGAUGCGCGAGUCAUGACUCUUCGGUGUAGACGUGUCUGGACCUGCGAAACGCGAUGCGCGAGGCAUGACUCUUCUGUGUAGACGUGUCUGAACCUGCGAAACACGAUGCGCGAGUCAUGACUUCGGUGUAGACGUGUCUGGACCUGCGAUUCGCGAUGCGCGAGGCAUGACUCGUGGUGAGCCGUCUACCAGUCGGUGUCCAUUUGCGCAUCAAUGAGGACUCAACGUAUUGUUGCGCUCUGUGUAAACGUAUAAGAGGGAGGACGAGUUACAGAAGUACGACCUCCAAACGCUACGUGAAAACCUGCGUGUAAAGGGCUAUCGCAGAUGUUUUGUUUGAGGCAGAUAUGGGAACAAUUUUUCAACGGUACAGAACGCUAUCAUCUGAGUGUGCAUCUUUAAAUCCUCCAUAUCUCCAACAAGAUGCUACUGCAUCAUCCUCAUCACAGAACACAGGAAACACAGACAAGGGCAUUGAUGUAUCAGUUUUACAGGUGUUGUAGGAGGCAUAAGGCUUUUGACAAUAUCCUUAACAGUUAGUCGAACAUUUUGUGUUGUUUAUUUCUUUGGAAUUUGUAUAUGUCAACAACAGUUAAUAUUUCUAACUACUUAUGUAUUUUCUAGCCUUUCGUUACUAAGUCAAUGUAAACAACAAUGUCUUAAUAAACAGAGAAUAUGUAACAAC